GGGCCUGGUGCCCCCCAGAGACCCUGGGGACAGUUUAGAGCGCGCCCCUUGGAUGAGGUCCCGCAGCGACGCCCAGGCCCGCCCCAUUCCUCCUCCUGCCUGGUCCAACUGCCUCCCAUUUGGAAAGUUUUGUGGGUUUUCUUUCUCUUCCUCCAACUUUGGGGGAGGCAACUCCUCAAGAGCCACAGCUUGGGGUGACCUUCUGGCUUGGAGGCCAUGAGGGGCAGCCAUCGCUGAAGUCAGCGAAACUGAGCCUGGUCUGAAGCAGGCGACGCUGGAGGCUAGAGCCAUGGCCAUUGCCACGUCGGCCCAGCUUGCCAGAGCACUCUAUGACAACACUGCAGAGUCCCCCCAGGAGCUGUCAUUUCGCAGAGGGGAUGUUCUACGGGUACUGCAGAGGGAGGGUGCUGGUGGACUAGAUGGCUGGUGUCUUUGCUCCCUGCAUGGCCAGCAGGGUAUUGUGCCUGCCAACCGAGUGAAGCUCCUUCCUGCUGGUCCAGCACCCAAGCCAAGCCUCACCCCAGCAGCUCCCACCCAACCUGGCUCGUCAUGUCCCACCCCAGAGCAUGGCAGCGAGGAGCAGGAGGUGUAUGUGGUACCACCACCAGCUCGACCCUGCCCUGCCUCAGGACCUGUAGCUAGAUCCUGCUCACCCUCUCCUGACUCCAUCUACAAGGUCCCCAGAGUCAAUGGGACACAGCUAGCUGUCCCCAGAGAUGUGUUAGAGGUCUAUGACGUGCCUCCCAGCAUCCUCCGGACUCCCUCCAGCUGUCCUUAUGACUCCCCAGCUUCCUUUUCCUGUCCUCUGGCUCCAACUGUCCCACAACCCCCGGGAGAGGGUGAAACAACCUAUGAUGUGCCUCUGGCCUUGAAGUCAUCUGCCGAACCAGAGCCAGAUCUGGAGUGGGAAGGGGGCCGGGAACCAGGGCCCCCCCUCUACGCUGCCCCUUCGAACCUAAAACGGGCUUCAGCUCUGCUCAACCUGUAUGAAGCCCCCGAGGAGCUGCUGGCAAAUGGGGAGAGCAGGGAUCCAGAUGAAGGCAUCUAUGAUGUGCCUCUGCUGGGGCCAGAGCCACCAUCUCCAGAGUCCCCAGGAGCUUCUUCCUCUGCUGACCUGGACACUGUGGCCCAGCUUCUGACCAAAAGCCCUCCACCCCAGCACAGGCCCAGGCUACCCUCCGCUGAAAGCCUGUCCCGCCGCCCUCUGCCUGCCCUGCCAGUCUCUGAGGCUCCUACCCCUUCCCCAGCUCCCUCUCCUGCCCCAGGCCGAAAGGGCAGUAUCCAGGACAGGCCUCUUCCCCCUCCCCCACCCUGCCUGCCUGGUUAUGGCGGCCUCAAACCCGAGGGAGAUCCAGAGUGUGGGGAGGUUGACAGUGAUUCAGCGGACCCUCACAAUGAGUACGAAGGCAUCCCGAUGGCUGAGGAAUAUGACUAUGUACACCUGAAGGGUGUGGAUAAAGCUCAGAGUUCUAGACCCCUGGAUAAAGCCUUCGCCACGGAUCCCGAAUUGCUGGAGAGGGAGCUGCCGGGACAGCAGGCAGUCCUGUCCCCAGAGGAGCCACUGGUCCUGUCCACUGGAGACCUACAGCUUCUGCACUUCUACGCCGGGCAGUGCCAGAGCCACUACUCAGCUCUGCAGGCUGCUGUGGCAGCCCUCAUGUCCAGUACCCAAGCCAACCAGCCGCCGUGCCUCUUUGUGCCCCAUGGCAAGCGAGUGGUGGUAGCUGCUCACCGCCUGGUAUUUGUUGGGGACACCCUAGGCCGGCUGGCAGCCUCUGCACCUCUCCGAGCACAGGUUGGGGCAGCAGGUACAAUGCUAGGCCAGACUUUGCGGGCUACUGUGCUUGCUGUCAAGGGGGCUGCCUUAGGCUACCCAUCUGGCACUGCAGUCCAAGAGAUGGCACGAUGUGUAGCAGAGCUGGCAGGGCAAGCCCUGCGCUUUACCACCCUGCUCACUGGCCUCCUCCCCUAAGGGCCUGUUCCAGCAGCCUUAGUCUCCCCUGCCUGCCAGAGCCCUGCUCCAUGUUGAGGGUGGCUAGAGGGCUCUGCUUGAGGGAAGGAGAGGAUUCUUCCCCUUUUCAUCUCUUUUUGGUCAUGUUAGCCACUCACCAAGGCAUCUCUUCCCCCAAACCUACUGCUUUUUGUAUGAGCCAUUUUGUAUAAAUUAUUUAUAUUUAA